AUGACGGGAGCUGGGAACUACACUUUCAGCAGCGACUUUAUCCUCUUGGGACUGUUCUCUUCUUCCAAGACAAGCUUAGUUUUUUUCUCAUUUACAUUUUUCAUUUUUAUUAUGACAAUAACAGAAAACACCCUCAUGAUCCUCCUAAUCCACAGGGAUUCUCGACUCCAUACCCCAAUGUAUUUCCUGCUCAGUCACCUCUCUUUCAUGGACAUCUUGCACAUUUCCAACAUUGUUCCUAAAAUGAUCGCUGACUUCCUCUCAGGCAGCAGAACCAUUUCCUUUGCGGGCUGUGGCUUCCAGAUAUUCCUGUCCCUCACCUUGCUAGGUGGUGAGUGCCUUCUCCUGGCAGCCAUGUCCUAUGAUCGAUAUGUGGCCAUCUGUCACCCACUUCGCUAUCCUGUGCUGAUGAGAGAUAACUCCAGUGGGCUCCUGGCUGCAGGCUCCUGGCUAGUGGGGAUCCUCAACUCCAUAGUGCACACAGCUCUUGUACUACACUUACCCUUUUGUAACUCAAGGGCCAUUGAUCACUUUUUCUGUGAAAUCCCUGCCAUGUUGAAGUUGUCAUGCAUAGACACAACACACUAUGAGAGAGGAGUUUAUGUGAGUGGCAUUGUUUUUCUGCUAAUCCCAUUUUCCAUGAUCUCUAUAACUUAUGUGCAAAUUCUCCUCACUGUCUUCCAAAUGCAGUCAUCGGGGGCUCGGCAAAAGUCCUUAUCCACCUGUUUAUUCCACAUGGUUGUUGUCAUAAUGUACUAUGGGCCAUUCAUCUUCACAUAUAUGAGACCUCGCUCAUACCACACUCCAGGGCAGGAUAAGUUUCUGGCGAUAUUCUAUACCAUCCUGACACCUACACUCAACCCCAUAAUCUAUAGCUUUCGGAAUAAGGAUGUCCUCAUGGCUGUGAAAAACAUAAUCCAAAGCAAUUUCCUGAAUAAAAAUUGA